UCUCUCCUCCCACAAGCACCAAUGGUUUUUCUUUUUUCAAAAGGGUGGACGUGCAAUUGUGUGUGUGUAACGGCACAGGUCCACAGCGACAGGCAGUACUUAAAUAUUAAAGGCUCUGGGGAAGCACACCAUUGUUUGCCCUCCAUUUCAGAGAGGCAGUUGUGGUUGGUUGGUUGAGAGAGAGCGAGAGAGAGAGAGAGAGAGCGCAAACGGCAACAAAGACGGAGCCCGUGCUGCUGGGAACUGCAAGGACAACGUCAGGGAAAGCAACAGAGGGUGCACUCAAGUGUUAAACUAUCUGACAAAGGAUGUGAAGCAUGGAGAAACCAAGACAGAGUCGGCUGUAAAAUGUUGACAGAAGUUGGACUUUUGGUACAUUAAACAUGGAUGGAACUGCAAGCGUAACGGCAGAACCUCAAGAGACCGACGGCACACAGAAUAGACACAAGGAUGAAGUGGACAGGGUCUCGGAUGAGGAUGGGCCUGUGUCUGAGGCUCCUGUGGAAGGGGACGUGGAGGCUGGAGCACAAAACUCCAGGGACAGCCGCAAACUGGACUGCAUCAUCUGCUACAGUGCGUAUAAUCUGGGAGAGAGACUCCCCCGCAAACUCUACUGUGGUCACACGUUCUGCCAGGCCUGUCUGAAGCGGCUGGACACCCUCAUCAAUGAGCAGAUGUGGAUCCCCUGUCCACAGUGCCGGCAGAACACUCCUCUACCUCGCGGGGGCGCCACUGGUCUAGACCUAGACCUGGCAGCUUUUCUGGGUGUUAAAGCUGAAGUAGAAAACCAGCGAACCUACAGCCAGAAAGCACAGCUGGAGACCAAGCCCUCCUUUAUAAAGCAGCCAAUCACAGAUCAGCCACCCUCAGCAUGGGCCAAUGUGGCAGUGGCAGAGCAUCGCUUCCACAGAAGCCCUUGUUGCAAGCACUGCUUGCUCUGCUGCUGGUGGUGCUAGAUUCACGUACAUUUCGUACAAAAACAUUUGACAGUGGAUAUCCCACUGUCUGGAAACCACAGAUUCCUUUACAGAAUUGCCUGGGACAAUAAAAUACAUUUUAUUUGGAUACUCAGUGGAUCAGUAAUGUCAAAUUCU